AAGACAAAAACUCAGAUGACGAUACAGUUAUUUGGCUAUUUAACUGUGUCUUGUGCUCACUCUGAGGUCCAACCUGUUUUACCUGUCUUCACCUGCUGCCCUACCAUUUGGCAGCCCGCUGUACCCAGGGCGAGCUUCAGCACAGACACAGCUCUGUGGACGUCAAGAGUAGCAACUGUCCUUUUCCAAAUCCGCCCGCAUUACCAGAAGUACAACUUGUGACUGUGAAUCGAUUCGAGAGAGAACACAGGAUUCUUUGUCUGUCUAUUUGUAUUCCUUCAACAGAAACAGCGAAGUACGAGUAAGAAUGAAAACCAGCUUUGCAUUUACCUAGCCUAUGUGCUAAUUAGAGUUAAUACCAAACAGAGAAGGGCGGGAGUUGACGAGGAGGAGAUGGAGGAGGGGGUGAUGGAAGCGGACGUCAGCACAGAUGACAUAGAGGCAAUCAUGGAGAACAUGGAGUACAUCCCGGGCUACUUCCACCUGGAGCUCAACCUCAACGGCAACCCGACAGGGCCCGUGGAUUUGCGGCAGCGGGACACCCACCUGAGGCUGGACGGCCUGCGGGCGGAGGUCGAGGCGGAGUCGGGGUACCUGCAGUACGCCGUCCGCAACCUCCUGGGCUUCCUGGCCUUCCACCUUGAGCAGCUGGAGGUCGCAGAGGAAAGGUUCAGAGACAUCUGUAAGGAAGACCCUGGGAACCUCAACGCCUGGGCCAACCUGGGCUACGUCUAUGACAAGCUGGGCCAGGAGGUGGAGGCUGGGGAGUGUGUGGAGAAGGUGUCCCAGCUGAUGGGCCUGGACGGCGGGGAGGCGUGUCAGGAGGAGUCCCGGCUGCUGGCGGCCCGCUGUCUGGCCGAGCAGGCCUACGUCCAGCCCUAUGACGUGGAGCUAGACACUGAGGAGGAGCUGAGAGACCGACUGAGCACGGCACUAACCCUGUACAACCGGGCCCUGGACUACGCAGGGGAUCUGAUACAACUGGAAGAAAAAAGAAGUUGGUAUUUUAAAAUGGCAACCAUUUACAUCAGGCUAGAUGACAUAGUGAAGACCAAGAAUGAUUCUGAAUAUUCCAGGCUUUCCCACUACAACAAGGGACUUAGGCUUCUGACUGAAGCACUCAAGUCAAAGAAAACACAGCUCAAAGCUCUUUCCUGGUGUUAUAUUGGCAUCAUGCUGGAAAAGAAGGAGGAGUUCUCCACGGUGCCCAUGUCUAUACAUGACUGUGGUCUCUCCGGCUCAGACCCCCUGUCCUGCCACGGAACCGCCAUAAAGCUGGCCAGCGACAAUGCGUUCGUCCUGAACCUCCUUGCCAAGCUGUUUUUCGUGCUGGGGAAACAGGAGAUGUCCAUGGGGAUCUGUAAUAUGGCUCUCAGCGUGCUGCCAGACCCUGAGCUCAACUACCAGGCCUACUGCACCCGGGCCAAGAUCAACGUGAUGGCUUACGUGAGGGACCUGGAGAGGUACAAGCAGGGAGAGGGAGGGAUCCCGGACAGACAGCAGCUGGCCGAAGCGAAGAGGGACCUUGACAAAGUCCUACACGUACACCCCUGCCUGAGGACACACAUGGAGAUGGCUCAGGUGCUGUACUACUCGGGUGUUGAUGCGCUUCAGGAAAGCCUGCUGGUGGACGAGGGAGCGGUGAACAGCGCCCUCGUGAGCAUAUCCCAGUCCCUGCAGCAGGAGCCGGGCCCCAGCCUCCCAGACCUCCACCUGCUCCGGGGCCGCUGCCUCCUCCUGAAGGGAGAGGAGCAGAACGCUGCAGACUGCUUCAAGAGAGCGAUGGAGCUGGAGAGGCCCGGGAGCGGUGACCCCACGGCUCUGCGCUGCCUGCUGGAGACUCUCCUGGCGCUGUUCGCCCAGGGAGGCCCCGAACCCGGCCCGGGGCCCGUGGUCACCCAGCUUGAAGAGUCGCUGCACAGGGCAGAACAGAGGUAUACCGAAAAGGUGGUGCAGGAUGAGCUGAGGCACCUGUAUCGCUCGCACACCGCUGAGGUCACAGAGCUGUCUCGAGCUCUGAUUAAAGCGGGCCGGCUGGACCUCGUGAGGCGGCUCCUGGAGGCCUUACAGCCGAAGCUGCCCAGUAGAAAGAAAGGGCUUUUCAAGUCUUAUUCCAUCGCAUGAAUCAAGUGUAUUAUUCGCACCAUCCAUUCUUUCUUUCUUUCAUGGUUAUUUCGAAUAUGUAGACAAAACAAAAACUUUUUUUUUUUGCAAAAAACAACAACAAUAAAGCCAUUCAAGAAUGAAUAACAAAAACAAAAAUAAUGAUAGUAAUAGUAAAAAUAAAAAGCUAAAAGAAACAAGAAAUAAAAAUAAACAUUAAUGUAAACAUAUCCGAAAAGGAGUGAGAAGAAGUAAAAACAUAUGUACUCCCACCCCUCUUAUUACUUACUCUGUAUGUUUAUUAAUAAUAAUAAUAAUAAUAAUGAUAAUAAUAAUAAUAAAUGUAUAUAAUAGGGCUGUCAAGCGAUUAAAAUAUUUAAUCACGAUUAAUCGCAUUAAUGUCAUAGUUAACUCAUGAUUAAUCGCGAUUAAUUGUAUAUUUUUUUCUAUGCUAAAUAUCCCUUCAAUUCUUUGUCCCAUUAAUUUUUCUCAUUUUAAUGCUCUUAUCAACAUGGAGAAAUGCAUCGGCUUGCCUUGUGCAAAUGUUUUUUUAUUGAUAACAACAUUGGCAUAUACUGAUCAAAACAGGACGGUACAAAAAAAAUGCCUAUAAUGCAAUCAAACGAUGAACAUACAAAGAUAUGCCUUGAACAUAGCAGUCAGGCUACUGCUUCUUUGUUUUGAGCCCAAAAAAAAUAAAAAAAAUAUUUUUUAAAAAAUAAUAAUUUGCGUUAAUCGCGCGUUAAAAAAAAUUAACGCCGUUAAAAUUGGUUUGCGUUAACGCCAUUAAUAACGCGUUUAACUGACAGCUCUAAUAAAAAUGUUAUGUUACGUAAAUAAAUAUACAUAUAAGUAUGUACAUAUAUAUAUCUACAACAUACAUUUAACAAGUAACAGUAUGAACCAUUGAAACUAAAUGAAUCACCUCACCACAGCAUCUUUUACACUUUCAGUCUCCCAACAGGCUGAGAGAGCGCAACACGCUUCACAUGUGGUCUGAUUAUAUAAAAAGCAGAUUGGACCAAACACAAUUCCUAAAUUAAAUAUUGAAUAUUGAAAAGUUUGAAGCUCAAUCCAAUCAAAGCAUUGUGGAAAUGAUAAUACACUUUAAAUUUAAAUAAUUGUUUUGUAUUGCAUUUUUUGAUGUGUGUUAUGUUAUUAUGUUUUAUAUGUAGCAGAUUAAAUAACCUGACACAUUUCUGUAACAGUGUGUGUGUGUGUGUGUGUGUGUGUGUGUGUGUGUGUGUGUGUGUGUGUGUGUGUGUGUGUGUGUGUGUGAGUAUAAUUUAUGUAUUAUAGCCUUUGUCUUGGUGGCACAGCGGAAAGAGGAGUUUGUUAUCAACCGUCUCAAGUGAAAUGUCAUGUAGGAAAUGUAACGCUUACAGACAGUAGGGGGAGGGGGGAACGUGGGUGCUACACACUGGUGGUGGUUAGUGAGGUCCCCCCCUUCACUGUAAAGCGUCUUUGAGUGUCUAGAAAAGCUCUAUAUAAAUUCAAUCCAUUAUUGUUAUUAUAAUCGACUACAUACCGAGUUUGUUUAACGGCACCGUUGCAACCCCCUUGAACUGAGAAUCAUGGCUUUUAGCACGAGACAAGGCAUCUACCAAUACAUUAUCAGGACUGUUUCUUGGACUUACAGGUUGUAGUUUUAGACAAUCAAGGACCAGGGUAUCAGCGGUUGCUUCUGGUUGCACAACAUUUGUGAUGGAAGUGGGAUAUGGUCUGUAUCAACACUGUUGAACAUUUCGGUCAAAUGCUUCAAUGGUAGCCAACGAAUUGACCUGUGAUGGCCCCUUUUUGCUUUAACCGGACCACCUGUCCCUGACCCACCUGCUUACCUAAGUAGGUGUCAGGCGCUUUACUGAAGUCACAUUUGACAAGAUUGAGAGUUAGAGAGGCCUUUGCCAACCUCUCGAACACCAUUGUCAGAACUUGCAUAUCUGACCAUGUGCAAGAAUACACCACCAGAUGUGUGUUUGAAUUGGGGAACACAAAUUUAACAGAUUUAAUAACCUUGAAACGUUGGAGGGGUAUUACGCAGUCCAAAGGAUAGGAUAUUAUAUUGCAAAAGAUAUCAGAUGCUCAUGACGGGUGGUAAGGCUGAACGAUUAAUCUAAUGAAAACGGACAUUGCGAUAUAAUGGAACACAAUUUGCAAAAAGAAAAGGCCGAAAAAAAAGACAAAAGGGUUACUGCAGUAAGAUUCUUUUUUAAUUUUUCUUUUACAAUUCAAUAGUUAAAUAAAGAUGUUUUAAUAUCAAUUCAUGCAUCAAUUUAUCUCAACACAUAGGCAUGGCCUAAAGCGAAGAGUAGUUUAUACGUAUGUGACUGCUUCCAAUAUUGUGUCGAAAAUACUAUAGAAGGAUUUAUUGGUUUUGUUUAGUGAAUAAUACAGAACAUAAGGAACUUUAAGAAGAAAAAUUGCAUACUAAAUUGUCAUCGCAAUAUUGGUCGAAAUAAUCGCAAUUAGAUUAUUUCCCCAAAUCGUUCAGCCCUAACGUAACCUAGCCCCUCCAACAAGUGCCCUUUCAGCAGGAAACAGGUCAGACCACAGUGUGUUUAGUUUGCAUUCAACUAUUGACCUCAGACGUCACUGUUCCGAUCUGGCGCAUCUAAUCUCCAAAGUCCCGACUGUGUUGUGCAUGGCCUCAUAAACAGUUUACGCCAGAGUCAGAUCGGGCAACACUUGUAACUGCCCAUAUUGCAGCGCCUUGUUGAAACACUUAAAGUCCUCCAUCGAAUUUAGGUUACCUGGUUCAUGAACGAAACCUUAAUAGUUAGAAUAGGUUUUGAAGGCAUUUUAUUGACGAUCUUCCAGUUGUCAAUGAUGGAUCGAUAAUCUAUUUUUGUAGCGACUUGGUCGAUAUCAUCCAACAAGUUUAUCUCGUUACUCUGUUGCUUAUUAGAUUCCAUUAUGUUGGACUCAACUAAAUUGAGUUCAAAGGUCGCACUUACAGGGUAACCUGGAAAGAAUCUAUAUUUAAACCGUGUAGUCUCGCUAGCGGGGCCCUCAGGGUUCUGUCCUGGGCCCCAUUCUGUUUACUCUGUACACAUAUUUAGCUUUGUUUGCUUUACCCACAUAAGGUCAGAAAUGUUUAAUUCAAUGCAUAUAACUUUUUACUGAAACCCUAUCAUAAUAAUUUCCUCGUAGGAGAUGUACAAAACACACUCUUUCUCUUCACCAUUCAGCAAGCGUCGUAUGUGAACAAACCAUAAUCGAUCACUGGUUUGUUAAAAAGAUGUAUAGCUCAAAUAUAAGCUGACUUUUAAAUUUAAGUAGCAAGCAUCGAUAUGUAUAAAGAAGGUACUUGACCCUUCCCAUCAAGCAUAUCAACUAUUGUGAUUCAGGAUCCGGUUUCAUGAAGGCCAUUGCUUGAAAGUAAAAAACAAUGUCAAAGAUUAUUUUGGUCCCUCAUGGCAUAGAUGACUUGAAAUGAAAAACAAAUCCAUGAUAUAAAAAUGCUUGCGUAUUUCAUUGAUUAAAACAGGGCCAUCAGAGCAGACCUAAUAUAAUCCAAAGAAUGAACGGUUUGUUUUAUUACCGAAUAAAAUCAACAGGGGGCGCCUCUAACACACACAUAUUAUAUUUCUACACAUUGACUUAUUGCAAUAUUUUUUUUUUUGGCUGAAUGACCAAAGAACUUCUCUAAUGAAAAUGUCACUUCUCAAUGGGCCUCAACCUGCAUGAACCUUACUCACAAAUUUGUGCUUAAAUCGUUCAUACAUGGAAUAGAGAGCAAUUCUCGCAUUCAACAAAAUCCUUGAAUUUAGAUUUUUCUCUUAGGUACGCAGUGUUCCAAAGUGCUAGAAGUCAAGUACGGUUUAGCCUUGUGAGACCAUCCUGAUAUUCACGUUUGCGUUCUGCAAUAAAUAUCAGUCUGGCCUUGGCUGGGAAGCAAUGGAUUUCCAAAUAAAUGCAUAGCCUUAAAUUGUUUAAAACUCGGAUGUGCUUGCGUGCCCUUUUCACAUCCGAUUGAAAGUAAAGCAAAAAUAUACGUGAUCUGAAAAGAUUGUUCCAAAGCAUUUCAACAAUUUGGGAAAACGCUUUCAAAGACACUGACUGAUAUGCAGAGUGAAGAAACAGGAUGUGAACACCAAGAUCAGGAUGGUCACACCAGGCCGUGUGAUUGGUCAAAUUAAAGAAAAAUGUUGUUGUUGUGAUUCCUAUUCCUAAGGAUUAUAAUCAAAUAACUUUGAAAACAAUUAAUUCUAGUCUUCUAUGUAUAAUUUUGUAACUCUUGUCUUGUUUUGCAGUCAGAUUUAUAUAAUUGCAUUAGGUCAUAUUAGGCCGAUACGACAAUAAUGCCCCAAAAAAUAGUUACAAUAAAAAUAGGCUUAAUGUAGGGCUACGAUGUUGCAUAGGCUCUAGAAUAACUGAAUACUCUGUUUGGUUUCCGCAGAGUAGGCGUGGGCCACACAAUGAAGAUACGGUGUUUGCUCCAUCAACUUGUCUUUAUUUAAGAUUGUAGUGAUACAGCUCUUGGGGGGCACAUAUAAAUCAGGGCAUGAUCCUCAUUCAGGAACCGUGUGGCACUGGGGUUGAUCUGUUUUUGCCCCCAGUAUCUGUUCCCCGACCUCCACCGGGAGAAGAGGCAAUCGUUUGUGUGCUGUCUUGAAUGAUCUUCAUGGCACUGGUCCUCCACUGCCUAGCAUAUGUCCCGGUAGACUGGGGAGAGCGGGUGGUACGUCCAGCCGACAGAACCUCCCUCUGCAAUGCCCCGUACUCCUUCAGGGUGCUACUCCCGUACAAGGCAGUGGGACACCCUACAUUUCCACAGACGUCUGAGGUGAUUAAAGCGCUGCCGGGACCGAGUAUCCCGGUGAACAUCCCACGUCCGGUCGGGUCCGCUGGGAUGAGGACACCGAGGUACUUCAGGCUGCUCAGUGCUCACCCUCUCCACAGGGGCCCCAUUAAUGACCCCUGUUGAGGGUCAGGGAUGAAGUGGUGGUUGACAACUCAUACCAACUGGGUUGUCAAGAAGUCAAGGACCCAUAACAAAGGUUUGGUGACAAGCUUGUGUGUGUGUAUGCGUGCGUGCGUGUGUGGGUGUGCGUGUUGAUUGAUCUAUAGAGGCAGGCUAAAUGCACUAAACUAAAAAGUCCAGAGUCCUUCAGAGCUCUGUGCUAUGUGCACUUGCCCAAACUGCCCAAAUUCAUCAUGAUUACCCAUUAUUUCAGACUCUUUCAGUGACGGCAUAUGGCUGAUCAACAAGGCUUCAAAAGGUUGUGUAGCCAAAGAUAAUUAUAAUUGUCUAUUGUAUUAAUGUCUUUCAGAGACACAAAACAACAUUUUCAUCGGAAGAGGUAGGCUAACAAAGCUAGCGUAAAUUCUAGGUCAAAUUAUAGUAUAGUAGAUUUUAUUUGGACAUGGACAUGACAAUGUCAUUGGACGAACCAGAUGCAUUGUUUACAGUGUAUUAGCAUAAAU